AACUUUGUGUACCCGUUAAGCUCUGAACAUUUUGGGAGUUCUCAUCCCCGGUGGCGGAGUGGUUGUUACGUAUAACAGGAGAGAGAUUCGCAGCGGAGCGUGAACUGAACGCGUGAUUUGAUGGGAGAAAAUAGCUCUGUCACCGCCGCACCACCUCCGUCGUUGGAAAAAACCUCCGCCAUCGAGGACGCGCUUCUCAAGCAAUUCUUCGCUGAGGUCAGCGAGGUUGAGCGCGACAACGAAGUUAUAAGGAUACUUUCAUGCUUCAAGUUGAAUCCAUUUGAAUACCUUAACCUGUCAUUUGAUUCAUCCAUUGACGAAGUUAAAAAGCAGUAUCGUAAGUUGUCUUUACUUGUUCACCCUGAUAAAUGCAAGCAUCCACAAGCAAAGGAGGCAUUUGGUGCCUUAGCUAAAGCGCAACAGUUAUUACUUGAUCAACAGGAGAGGGAUUACAUUCUGAGCCAAGUUGUUGCAGCAAAAGAGGAAUUAAGAUCAAAGUGGAAGAAGCAGCUUAAAAAAGAUACUGCUAGCAAAUUGAAGUCAUUAGUUACUGAGGGUAAAUAUGACCAAGAACAUGAGCAGUCAGAGGAAUUCCAGCAGCAGCUGAAGUUAAAGGUUAGAGAAAUAUUGACGGAUCAAGAAUGGCGGAGGAGAAAAAUGGCAAUGAGAAUAUCUGAAGAGGAAGGUCGCUUGAAGAAAGAUGAGGAAGAAACAAAAGAGAUGUGGAAAAGAAAACGUGAGCAUGAGGAGCAGUGGGAAGGAACUAGAGAAAAUAGGGUGUCCAGUUGGAGGGAUUUCAUGAAGGGCGGGAAAAAGGCUAAGAAAGGAGAGAUUCGGCCUCCAAAGCUUAAGACAGAAGAUCCAAACAAAUCUUAUGUUCAAAGACCUGUUAAAAGAGGUUAACACAUGUACUCUGAUGGGUUUUUACUGCUUCCAUAGUGCCGUGAAUCUCAUUGAAAGCAUGAUUGAACUGGCUUCUUGAGUGUAAGCUUCAACCUUUGUAUAAAGUUGUAUUUGUUGAAAAGCCAAUUAUUGAGCAGCAAAUUACAUUUUGCUCUCCAGUGUAGACCAGGUAGGGGAGAGCUUUUGGUAUUAUGUUCUAUGUGCCUUGUUAAUUCAUCAGACUUCAUUGUAUGAAAUCUCGAGAGGAAAAAGUGGAAUAGAAGAGAGAAAGAGCAGGGCGAGAAUGAUUGGAUCUGGGGUACUGCACCAUAGCUUUCUUCAAAUAACUCAUCACACAUUCUAAGCAAAAAUAUUUACGAAGAUUGUUUAUAAAAGGAGCUUCACGUAAUCAACAAGAACCGUUAACUGAUCUUAAAAAUAGCUUAUCUGCAACUUACAUAGUAAACAACACGCUCCAAUUUUUGUAUGUCAUUUUCUUGUUCACAAGGCAGCAACACAAUUACACAAAGCAACGGCAUCUAUGAUACAUGAAAUACAACAGCUCAGGAUUAUCUAUCUCACCAAUCCGCAGACAAAAAUGAUGAUACACCUAAACGAGGAAAAGAAUAUGUAGGGACUAA